AUGCAUAGUGCGGCGGUGGAAUCGUGCCUCGCCCAUGCCUGUGAGCGAAGGGCGGAGGCGGUCCUGUGCUUGGCGGAGGAGGCCGAGUGCGGUCCGCUGCGCCAGCGGUGGGAUGAGUUGCCGCUCUUUUUUCGUAUUCUCGUGACGGCGUACCUGGUGCGGAACGACGUGGUCAACGCGACGUGGGCGGUGCGGCGGUGGGAGCGGCUGCCUGCGCACGGCGACCGGCAGGCGGAGGGCUACGGGUGCGCGUUGCUGGGGCGGGUGGCCCGCCUCUGCGGCCGCUGCGCGUACGGGGAGGCGUUCCGGGAGGUGUUGGGGGCAGUUGGCGGUGGGGCGGAAGGGUGCGGCGUGGAGCACCUCAGGUGCUGGCUGCUCGACUACCUGGCGGCGCGGCACGUCCACCAGCGACGGACGUUUUACGGCGACUCCGGCGCCUUGGUGCAGCUUGCGGCGGGCCUUGGCGUGCCGGCCUCCGAGUUGGAGGCGCGGCUGCAGCGUGUUCGCGGGGACGAACUGCGGCACAUUGAGUGUGGGUUAUCGGACGGUCCGUGCGAGCAGACGCGCGAGACGCUGUGCUGCAUGGUGCGGGCCGGAAAAGCUGUUUAG